AUGCCAGCCAUCCCACCCCCGAAGCAUGACAACAUCUCCCAAGCACCACUAACCUUGCCAAUAAGAAGGCAUAAGUUCGACACUCCGAAGCUCCGCCUCCAGCUCAAUGAUCUCGCCCACGAAGGGAGUUCCAACUUUCUGUCCAAUAUCAAGGGUAAUGAGGACUUAGAAGAGCAAGUCCAGAAUGUGCUCAACUUGCUGUACACACCAGAGAGCAAAAGGCCUGGAACCCGGAGUGUAACUUUCAUCAUUCGUGACGCCGGUGGCGUGGCAUAUACCACCGGAAUCGACUUGGACGAUGAUCACAAGGAGAUCCACUUGAACUUGGGCUACAUCAAGAACAAACCUCGGUAUGAAUUGCUCGGUGUCAUUUGCCACGAGUUAGUUCAUUGCUUCCAGUGGAACGCGGAAGGCACAUGCCCUGGGGGUCUCAUCGAGGGCAUUGCAGACUGGGUCAGGCUGAGAGCUGGCCUAGCUGCGAAGCACUGGAAGCAGGUAGCGGAUGGCCGAUGGGAUGCCGGCUAUCAACAGACUGGUUACUUUUUAGAAUGGUUGGAGCACAAUUUUGGGCCAGGUACGGUGAGGUCCAUCAAUGACUGCCUGAGGAACUGCAAGUACGAUGAAGAAAAGGUGUUUGGUAGCUGCUGCGAGGGGCACAAGGUCGACGAUCUUUGGAAGGACUACGGUGACGACCUGAAGAAGAAAAAGAAGCGGGAGGAUGAGAAAGCUGCCAAAAAGACUGAGGACGUUGAGAGAGAAGAGGAACACGAGCGGUAG